UCGCCAUGCACCUGUUGUCCUUGCUUAAGCAGACAAAAUGUGCAGGAAGGAACUGCAGAUGCUGGGUUACACCAAAGAUAGCAUCUCUGGAGAAAUGGAAUGGAUGGCAUUUAGAGUUGAAGCCCUUCCUUAGAGUCAGGGGAGAAAUUGGAGGAACAGCACUUUGUAUAUUUCGCGGGGGCACCUUACAACCUAUUGGUAUGAAUAUUAAUUUGUCUAAUUUCAAAUAACCCUUGCAUUCCCUCUCUCUCUCCGUCCCUCCCCCACUGUAGUCAUCGUACUAGUUUCACUGUUGGUAUCACUUCAUUAUAAACCUCUUCAGCCAACAAUAGACCAUUGUGGGUUCAAUCUUUCCUUGGUUAAUGGUGCCGGCUGUGAUUCGUUCUGUACUGUUUCAUAUCUAUAGUGUCCCUCUCCCCUGACUCCCAGUCUGAAGAAAGGUCUCGACCCGAAACCUCACAUUCCUUUUCUCCUGAGAUGCGGCCUUACCCGCUGAGUUACUCCAGCAUUUUGUGUCUGUCUUGAGUGGAACCAGACAGAACGUGUAGGCUGGAGCUCCCUCAUCGAUGAACGGGUAGGUUUCCACUGAAAGCGGUGCAAGGAUCCAUAUCACUGAUAUAGACACAAAAUGCUGGAGUAAUUCAGCGGGUCAGGCAGCAUCACUGGUGACAAAGAAUAGGUGAUGUUUAUGUUUGAAACCUUUCUUCAGACUGACUUGUUGGCCAGCAGAAGGCAAAUAAAAUCAUGGCUGGCAAAGGUACAACAAAGGAUAUGGGGAGAAUGGGGGUGAGAGGGAAAAAGAUAGAUUGGCCAUGAUUGAAUGUCAGAGUGAACUGGAUGCCUGAAUGGCCUAAUUAUGCUCCUAUGUCUAAUAGUGUUAUGGCAAUGAGUCCAGUGCUGAAUUGACAGUGGCGGUAACAUUGUAAUAUAAAUGAAGUAGGCAAUGAUUUAUUAGCCUAUCAAAGUAACACUAUCAGGUUGACAACAAAUUGGAUAAGUGUAGCCUGCAAGCACUUGGUAUCUAGUUGUAUGUUGCAUUGAAUUUUGUUAAAGAAAGGAUAUUUUGACUAUUCUGCCUUCUUGAACAGAAAGAUUUGGCAAGCAUAUGCUACAAAGUUUUUGCCAGUUCAAACCUGAUGAGUGUUUGGUGAGAGUCUAGGACCAGUGGUGAAACUGUGGAAUUAAUUGAUACAGACGGCUGUGGGGGCCAAGCCAAUUUAAGACGGAGAUUGACAUAUUCUUGAUUAGUACGGGUGUCAGGGGUUAUGGGGAGAAAGCAGAAGAAUGGGGUUGAGACGGAAAGAUAGAUCAGCCACCAUUGAAUGGCAGAGUAGACUUGAUAGGCCAAGUGGCCUAGUUCUCCUCCAAUAACUAAUGAAUGUAUGAGUGUGAAGCAACGCAUAGGCUUCUGCUGUUGUUCAUAUGCACCCCUUGGAGGUGCUGAGGAAGUCAGACUUUACUUCAUUACAGACUCACUGGGUCAAAUGCUCGUUCACAGUCAGCUACUGGCUACUGAUCUGUUCAGACAUUUAGCAUACACGUUGAUAAAAAUGUUUAACUUCAUUGCCUUGAUUAAGAAUGAAUGUCUCAAUUCAUCUCAUUGCCGGUUGCACUUUUACUUCCUUCAUGAAAAGCCAUCAUGGUGGCAAACCUGCUCAUAUGCUGAAGUAACAGAUCAGCCUUCACACCGAAUAAUGGAACAAGUUUGAAACGUCAGUGCCUUCUAGCUCCAAAUUCUUAAAUCAUUCCAUUUCCCCCAGCUCCUGCUAACGUUAUCAUGGAGGGUGUUUUCAAAGGCCUGAAUUGUCCCCAGUGUGUAGGAUAGUGUUAGUGUAAGGGGGGUGGUCUCGGAUGGCACGGACUCGGUGGGCCGAAGGUCCUGUUUCCAUGCUAUAUCCCUAAAGUCUAAAGUGAAGUCUAAAUGGAAAACCGCUUGUGGAGAGCGUCUCUGUUCCUGUUGAGUAUAGGAGCAGGGAGGUUCUACUGCAGUUGUACAGGAUCUUGGUGAGACCACACCUGGAGUAUUGCGUACAGUUUUGGUCUAAUCUGAGGAAGGACAUUCUUGUCGUAGAGGGAGUACAGAGAAGGUUCACCAGACUGAUUCCUGGGAUGUCAGGACUUUCAUAUGAAGAAAGAUUGGAUAGACUCGGCUUGUACUCGUUAGAAUUUAGAAGAUUGAGGGGGGAUCUUAUAGAAACUUACAAAAUUCUUAAGGGGUUGGACAGGCUAGAUACAGGAAGAUUGUUCCCGAUGUUGGGGAAGUCCAGAACAAGGGGUCACAGUUUAAGGAUAAUGGGGAAAUCUUUUAGGACUGAGAUCGGAAAAACAUUUUUUACACAGAGUGUGGCGAAUCUCUGGAAUUCUCUGCCACAGAAUGUAGUUGAGGCCAGUUCAUUGGCUAUAUUUAAGAGGGAGUUAAUUGUGGCCCUUGUGGCAGGGAUCAGGGGGUAUGGAGAGAAAGCAGGUAAUGCAUUUCGUUGUCUCUGUACUGUACACUGACAAUGACAAUUAAAAUUGAAUCUGAAUCUGAAUCUGAAUACAGGAUACUGAGUUGGAUGAUCAGCCAUGAUCAUAUUGAAUGGCGGUGCAGGCUCGAAGGGCCGAAUGGCCUACUCCUGCACCUAUUUUCUAUGUUUCUAUGUUUCUAACCACUGUUUCGUUAAAAUGGGUGUUUUCUUUUUGAAAUGUGUUUCAGAUCCUGCCGUGAAGGCCCUUCAGUUCUGAAGACUGAUUUGAUUCACAGAGGACGUUGAGAUUGAACCCGUUUGCAUGGCGUGGUUUGGGUUGCAGAUGUUCAUGUCAUCUUGCCUCCUGGGCCUAGCCACAGUAAUGCUACUAAUGCAUCCGGCUUCUGUAGACGCUGAGACCCCUGGACCUACAAGUUCUCCAAAGCGAAAUAACUCCUGCACGGGGAACUAUGAAUGUAAGCAAGGAGUUAUCUUGCCAAUAUGGUACCCAGAAGAUCCAUCUCUUGGCGAUAAAAUUGCCAGGGUUAUUGUUUACUUUGUGGCAAUGAUUUACAUGUUCUUGGGAGUUUCCAUUGUGGCAGACCGUUUUAUGGCUUCGAUAGAAGUGAUCACCUCACAAGAGAAAGAAAUCACCAUCCAUAAGCCCAACGGAGAGACAAACACCAUGAUGGUUCGAGUCUGGAAUGAUACUGUGUCCAACCUGACCCUUAUGGCAUUAGGGUCAUCUGCUCCAGAAAUCAUGCUCUCCUUGAUUGAGGUUUGUGGCCAUGGGUUUAGAGCGGGUGUAUUGGGCCCAAGCACCAUUGUGGGCAGUGCUGCUUUUAACAUGUUUGUUAUUAUCGCCAUAUGCGUGUACUCCAUUCCCGAUGGCGAGUCCAGGAAGAUAAAACACUUGCGUGUGUUUUUUGUCACUGCCGCUUGGAGCAUCUUCGCCUAUAUCUGGCUGUACAUGAUCCUUGCAGUCUUUUCACCCGGCAUCGUGCAGGUGUGGGAAGGGCUGAUCACCCUCGCGUUUUUCCCAAUCUGCGUGCUGCUCGCCUGGAUUGCCGACCGCCGACUCCUCUUCUACAAGUACGUGCACAAGAAGUAUCGCACCAACAAGAACCGUGGGCUCAUCGUCGAGACGGAGGGCGAGCACCCCAAAGGCAUCGAGAUGGACGGCAAGUUGGUGAACUCGCACUUUGCGGACGGGACGCUGGUGACUGUGGAAGGGAAGGAAGUGGACGAGUCCCGCAAGGAGAUGAUCCGCAUCCUUAAAGACCUGAAGCAAAAGCAUCCCGAGAAGGACAUGGAUCAGCUGGUGGAGAUGGCUAACUACUACGCCCUCUCCCACCAGCAGAAAAGCAGGGCCUUCUACCGCAUUCAGGCCACCAGGAUGAUGACAGGAGCGGGCAACAUCUUGAAGAAACAUGUGUCCGAGCAGGCCAAACGAAGUGCGAGCUUGCUGGAGGUGAGGCCGGACAGCCCCGAGGACCUGUGCUCCCGCAUCUACUUCGACCCUUGUGCCUACCAGUGCUUGGAGAACUGCGGCGCCGUGACCCUCACCGUGGUGCGCAGAGGAGGAGACAUCUCGCACACCGUGGCCGUGGACUACAAGACGGAGGACGGCUCGGCCAACGCCGGGGCAGAUUACGAGUUCAGCGAAGGGACGCUGGUCUUCAAGGCGGGUGAGACGCAAAGGGACAUCACCGUGGGCAUCAUAGACGAUGACAUCUUUGAGGAAGAUGAGCAUUUCUUUGUGCGGCUGGGCAAGGUGCGGGUGACGCGGCAGGAGGAAGCCCAGGAGCCCAACAGUGCGCCGCCCUACCCGAAGGCUUUAACCGUCUCCCCGCUCGUCGCCACCGUGACUAUUUUAGAUGAUGACCACGCGGGUAUCUUUACGUUUGAGACCGACGUCGUCCAUGUGAGUGAGAGUGUCGGAGUGAUGGAGGUGAAAGUGCUGAGAACAUCAGGGGCCCGCGGGACUGUCAUUGUCCCCUUUCGGACGAUAGAAGCAACGGCGAAAGGGGCCGGCGAGGACUUUGAGGACACCUACGGGGAACUGGAGUUUAAAAACGACGAGACUCUGAAAACCAUAAGCGUUAAAAUAAAUGAUGAUGAGGAAUACGAAAAGCAGGAACAUUUCUUCAUUGUGCUUGGUGAACCGAAAUGGAUGAAACGAGGAAUAUCAGCUUUCUUGUUGGCACAUCAAGAUGACAGUAACCGGAAACUGACAAUCGAGGAGGAGGAAGCAAAACGCAUUGCAGAAAUGGGGAAACCCAUUUUGGGUCUACAUCCCAAAUUGGAGGUCAUCAUCGAGGAAUCUUAUGAAUUCAAGAGCACAGUGGACAAGCUCAUAAAGAAGACCAACCUUGCCCUUGUGGUGGGAACACAUUCAUGGCGGGAUCAGUUCAUGGAGGCCAUCACAGUCAGUGCAGGUGAUGAAGAGGACGAAGACACAGGGGAGGAGCGUCUGCCGUCCUGCUUCGACUACGUGAUGCAUUUCCUGACCGUCUUCUGGAAGGUUCUGUUCGCCUGCGUGCCUCCCACUGAAUACUGGAAUGGAUGGGCCUGCUUUUUAACGUCCAUUGUCAUCAUUGGCAUCCUGACGGCCGUCAUUGGAGAUCUGGCCUCCCACUUUGGCUGCACGAUUGGCCUGAAGGAUUCAGUGACGGCUGUGGUGUUUGUAGCUCUCGGCACCUCCGUACCUGAUACUUUUGCCAGCAAAGUGGCAGCCACCCAAGACCACUACGCGGACGCCUCCAUUGGGAACGUGACUGGAAGCAAUGCGGUCAACGUGUUUCUGGGCAUUGGGUUGGCCUGGUCCAUCGCUGCCAUCUACUGGGCGUACCAGGGAAAGGAGUUCCGUGUGGAAGCCGGCACCUUGGCCUUCUCCGUCACUCUCUUCACCAUCUUUGCGUUCGUCAGCGUGAGCAUCCUGCUCUACAGGAGGCGGCCGCACAUCGGGGGGGAGCUCGGGGGUCCGCGGAGAUCCCGUAUCAUCACCGCCAUGUCAUUUGUGGGAUUGUGGUUAUUGUACAUUCUAUUCUCCUGUUUGGAAGCCUAUUGCUACAUAAAGGGGUUCUAAAGGAAAGGAGGUGCGCGCUACCCCCAAAGAGACACGUCACUUGAAUCUCUUCGAACACAAUGCAAUACUUGCCAACGAUAUUCUACUCUUGAAAGAAACAUUGGAGGCGGUCCCAGUGAAGAGGGCAGCUCAUGCCCCAUAAAUCGAAACAAAAACACAACAUUUUGUACAGGACAGUCCUGUGUCUUCUGCAGUCGCUUCUGAGCUUUCUUGCCUUACUGAAGGGUUUUUAUUGAAACUAAUGUCGGAGGAGGGGUGGGUUGGAUUGGAUGGUGCUUCGAUCCUGUUGGGCUUGCGUGAAACGGGCUGGAUGAUGGAUUGUUUAAUUGAAGUAUCAAAUGCGGACAGACAGAAGAGCGAUGAGAACUGCCCCUUGCUGUGCGUCCAAAGCUAUUAUUGUGUUCAGUCCUUCCUUCCUCUUGAAGUUAAUCCGCCCAAAACAAGCAGUCGUGUACAACAAACUUACAUCAUGGCCUGGCAGUAGGAUUUGCCUGAACGCAGGCCUACUGCAAAUGCUGUGUAUUUUGGAACUCUGUUUUAAUGUAUCUUGCUUGCACCAUAACAAAUGAAAGAGCCAAAGCAAGUGCAUGGAAGGUGUUUGGAGGCAAAAGCUGAACUCGCCCUCCUUCAGAAUACUUGUUCAGUUCAUUUUGAAGGGUUGGUUUUACUAACUUGGUGCACCAGGUUUUAAUGUUAAUACUGCCUCGCCAUUUUAAAUCAUUCCCAUAUUAAGCAAAGGGCAGGUACCGUCCAGAGUCCAGAGCACUGGUUUCAUUUGCCCCAUAAUUGAUCCUAAAAGUUGGAACGUUGAUUAAUUUAUUGAAAGAUACGGCGUGGAAACAGGCCCUUCGGCCCACCUAAUCCAUGCCGCCCAUCAAUCACCCGUUCAUACUAGUUCUAUGUUAUCCCACUUUCACAACCACUCCCUACCCACUAGGGUCAAUUUGCAGAGGCCAAAUGACCUACAAACCCGCAUGUCUUUGGUAUGUGGGAGGAAUCUGGAGCACCCAGAGGAAACUUAUAUGGUCGCAGGGUUGAAGCCAGAUCUCUGGCACUAUGAGGCAGCAGCUCUACCUGCUGUGCCACUGUGCCGCGGCCGCCCAUUGGAACAGAAAUCAUCUCCUCCUGCAACUCAUUGAGUUCACAGCCAACCAUGUUCCUGAUUCUAAUUACCUGGAAAUGAUGCCAACGCCGGCAGUGGGAGAAAGGACACAGAGGGUAGUCGAGGUUACAUUCACGUAUCACAUUAAUUUUACUCAUUCUCAGGAGGUGGGCAUUGCUAGCAAAUCUGCCAUUGGUUGCCCACUACAUAUUGUGCUUACAAAAGAGAUGAUUUAAGGUGAGGGUGAAAAGAUUUAAUAGGAACCAGCAGGGUAACCUUUUUACACAAAGGGUGGUGGGUGUAUGAAACAACCUUCCGGAGGUGGUAGUUGAGGCAGGAACUAUCGCAACGCUUAAGAAGCAUUUACAUAGGUACGUGGAGAGGAAAGGUUUAGAGGGAUAUGGGCCAAGUGCAGGCGGAUGGAACUAGUAUAGAUGGGAAAUGGUGGUUGGCAUGGGCAAGUUAGGCCGAAGAGUCUUUUUCCAUGCUGUACGACUCCAUGACUGAGAUGGCGAACUGCCUAAGAAUAAAUGUAUUCUUAAAGUGCAAUAAAUCAGAGAGGUGCAGGAAUUCUACCUAAUAAUGACGAAGGAACCCUGCUGGGCAUGGAGCUAGAGCACACACUGUUGUGGCAACUUUUCCAUGUUCCUGUGGACCUAGAGGUUUGGCAGGUCCUGGUGCAUAAACCUCGGCAGCUUGCCACAGUGAAUUCUAUACUUUGUACUUACAGCGAGCAGAGAGAAGUAGUGAUGGAGGGAGUGAAUAAUGCCAAUGAAUCUCAAGGUAAGUGGUGAUUCUUGCUGGAGAUGGCCAAUGACUUGUACGAGGAGACUGGUAUUUACCAGCCUGAUUGUUGCAAAAGCCUUGCUCAUUGUGAGAGUGGAAAGUGAUUACUGUCUAGGGAGCUGCGAGUGGAAGGGAUCAUUGAGCCACUAUCAGCGAGCGUCCCAUUCUGGGAAUGAAAACCCAUGUUGCCAAUGGAAGGAGGAUCUUUGACAAAGCAGCUGAAGAUGCCAUGCCUGAAACACUGCCUUCCUGUAUGUCCUGGAGCUGGAAGGAUUAAGCUCCAGACACCACCAUCUUUCAUCCAUUUAUCUCCUGUCAGCAGUUCCCAUUGAUACCCAUUGACUCCAGCUUUCUCAAGACUUCUUGAAGCCAUACUUGGUCCGAUGCUGCCUUGAAAUCAAGGGGCAGUCACGGUCUGGUAUUCAGCACUUGGGUCCACACCUGGACAACCCUUUUCAAUAGUCGGGGCUGCAUUCUCAACACCCUAAGUAGAACCGAACACUUAGUGUAAACAUUUGACCCGAGCACUAGAUACCCGAGACUUGGUUGAGGAAGCAAGCAGCACAAUUGUCAGGUACUUGCUGGUAGCGACAUUGACGGCUGCCCAACGUGAAUGUGGGAUGUAAUGGAGCUGUAACAUUGAUGAUUCCAGGCUAAAGCUGCAGGGAAUGUCUCAAAUUCAAAACCUCGAGGAUAAUAGGCUGUAAUCAUAAAAUAGAUAUUCAAAAGUGCUCUUAUUUUUCCUGCUCUAUGCCUAUCUGCUUCCCAGUAUUUUUGAAUGGAGGGCAAAAGCCAGUCCUGCACAAGUGGACUUCUUUCAGCUGCUGGGUAAACAUGUCCAUCGUUGGGUUUAGCCUAGCGCUGUUUUUGCUGAUGAAUUAAUUGGAUUGUUGUUUAACCCUUUGUUACCACCCCCCCGGAGAAAGUCUGCAUGGAAAACUGCAAUUUAUUUGUGUGCGUACCUUUCUUUCUGAUCCGGAAAGGCUAGAGUAAAAUUACCAAAAAAAAUUGAUUUGCAAAAAAAAUAGAUUAAUUUGCUUUAAACUUUUUUCCUUAAUUAGUUGAAGUUGUUCUGGGUUUUGAGGUGAUACAUUGUAGCUACAUUGACUUGGGACAGUUGCUUUUUAAUUUAGUUGCACUUGCACAAAUGGUCUACUUUGCCCAAGGGUUUCCGUUUCCCAGCUCUUCUUAUAAAGGUAGUUGCAUGCAUCCUUAAUAUACAGGGGCCAUGUGCACGCACCUUGUAUCAUGCUUAUUUUUUGGGUGAUUAUUGGGUGACCCUGCUUGUCCCCCGUCCCCCGUGGACACACCAAUGCAGAAGUAGUCAUGAUGCUCAUUAUUUGAAGUGGCUGCUUUCUCCCAAGGAAACGAUCAAGUAUUCUGAAGGUACACAAAGAUGCUCCGAAAUUGUAUUUGCAAGCAAGAUCCUUGGGAUGAAUCUUCACCCUGAUCCUCACCAAUCCUCCGCCCAAAUAAUAGUACAAGUGUAAUUGUUACUCAUGAUUAAUAACCUCAUCUGGCUUGGACAAGGGGGCAGGCAAUUGCCCUGGAAGAUUGUAGCACCUAUGAAUGUAAAUGUUGAUGGCAGUGGAUGUGUGUAUUUAGCAGUGUGGUCUGUUCAAAUCAAGUGUUUUACUCCUGCAAUGUAUUUUACAGUACAGGAACAGAGGCCCCACUUCAUACCCCACACAUAUGUUCCACCAUGCACUUAGCAUCAGAGAAAGAUGUCAUGCAGUAUCUACUACUCUUUCUAUAUACCAGAAAUGCCCAUUUUAUAACACGUGGUCAAACCAGUAGUUUAGAUGCAGAUAUCAUUUAAAGGUAUUAACUAUAAUGCCUUUAAACAAACAUUCCCUCCCAGCUGACUUUAUACAAGCUAUCAGAUGACAUUUUAUACAGACUGUCAUUUGAUCCUUUCUGCAGAGUUUUUCCACUCCAGCUGAAUUCUUUAUACAAAACAACUCACUGCAGACAGUACCUUUGAGCCUUGAAGUGGUACUGUAGACAUGAUAAACACAAACCUUUUGGACAUAAAUGGCCCCUUUAUACAGAGACUUUGUGACAUCCGACUCUUUAUAUUGAAUAACUCAGUGUGGGUGAGUCCUUUAUAUAUGUCAUAGUUGUAUCCUGCGGCUAACUAUUUAUCCUGGUGAAAUGAGGAGAAAUCACUGUAAAUUGUCUCACUAUAUUGAUAAUUUAGUAUCCUUUAUAGUUUAAAAGUCAUUUCAAAAACAAAGAUCAGAUAAUCUCCGCAGUUUGUCAAAAAGAAACAGCUAGAAUGCCAAUUCAUUCAUCUCUGAAAAGUCUUCUGAAGCAAAGAGUACAUCGUCUACACCAGUUGCCGAAAUUCCAGGCAGGGUGGAGGGGUGGGACGGACGGUAUGGUGUGAUUAGGUGUUCUGGGGAUAUCUUGGGGUAGCAUUGUUUGUAGCAAGUCAACAGUCUGGGUUGCAUUUCUCCAUUUUAAUUUCUAUUUCCUUUGGCUUCAAUGGAGAUGGUGAACUUGGCUGCUGACCUGCCCAUUUGUGUUGCCUCACUAAAUCGGGAUCUACCCGCACAUGAUUUCCCUUCGUCUGUGGCGAAAGGCAAUGUUUUUGAAGCAAGCAGAAUCUCCUUUUAUUUGUAAAUGACCUGACAUCUUGCAAGAUCCGUUAGUAACCAGUUCAGCUUUGGAGUCCAAAGAUGAUAGAAAGCAGAGUUCAAAGAAUAGACAGUAAAAACAAAACAUCUCCCACUCUGGCCUUGCCCACAGCCACGUGUAGUGCCAGCAAAACACACAAAAUGGUUUUGCCACACAGAUCUUCCACCCUUGGUCUGCAUGCUUUGCAUGUUGCAUUGACUGGAAUUGUUUUUUUUUUUCCUUUCCACUGUUGUCUUCUGAUUUAUUUUUCCUAACUUUCUUUCUUUUACUGCAUCAAAGAGAUUCUGUACACAGUGCCAUGAAUUGUAGCCAUAGCUACUUGAACUAGUUUCAUUUGCUGUGCUUAGCGUAUCUGACCAUUGCAGCUAGGUUUGGUAAAGGCAGGAUCGCUCACCGCAAAAUACUUCUAUGGGAAAACUUUAGGUAAAUGGGUAAUCGCACUGCCUGUUCGCCUAGGCCCUUAGGUGUAAACACCCCAGACUUGCAUUCAAAACUGCUUUGUACAGUAACCUGAAGGGAAAAUGUGUGAACAUUUACAAUAAAAGACUGAAAAA